AUGGUAUGCACAAAACCCAUUCGUGAACAAGACCUUAAGGACACCAUUGAAGAUCUCGGAUAUGAUGUCGGCGAAAUUAAAUUUGGUCCUGUCAGUCAACCCAUUCCUAUUCCCACCACCAAGAAGGGGACCGUGCAAAGCGUGGUAUUUUCAUUAUCGGGCAUGACCUGUCAACAUUGUGUACGCACCGUUUCAGACGCUUUAAGUAGUUUACCGGGUGUUAUACCUCAAACUGUUUCAGUUAAUUUGGAAAAACGACAGGGCAAAUUUUCGUUUGAAGGUGAAUAUGUGGAUGCAAAUAAGAUUAAGCUCUUGGUAGAAGGUUUGGGUUAUGAUUUGAAUGGCAGUCCUAGAUUUAGUGUAGGAGAAGCCAGCAGUAGCAGUAGUGUAGGACUCCCGAGUUCUUUACAACAACAAGACCAGGUUUUGAUCCCAAUGGAUCAUCCAAAUGGCGAUAUAAGACGUAAAGUGGUGAUGCGUGUGCUUGGUAUGACCUGUCAGUCAUGUGUUUCUUCUGUCACGGAUGCAUUGGAGAACGAAAUACCAGACGUACAACCAGGUUCUGUUCACGUUAAUCUUCAAACCGAAAUGGCCAUGUUUAUUUGCACCAAUCCUGAUAUGGAUCGUAUUCAUAACGCUAUCGAAGAUCGUGGAUUCAGUGUAGAAAAUGUUCAGAUCAUUCAUAAUUUGAUCCCUCCUGCUGUUCUCUCUGCUGUGGGUGAGGAACCCCAACGCGUGGACGGACGUCAAAAUUCAGUCACCUCUCUCAGUUCUGUUUCGGUCGAUAGUACAAUUGCCGUACCCCACAAAGUCAAGUUUCAAAUCACAGGUAUGACCUGCUCCAGCUGUGUUCGAACCAUUGAGCGUGGGCUUGUGAAAUUACCCGGCGUCGUACCUACCUCAGUACAAGUGAACUUGUUGACAAAGACAGGCGGGUUUUCAGUACAAGGUGAUAUGUUGGAUGAGCAAACCAUUAUCAAGGCGGUCAAAGAUAUGGGUUACACUGCUAGCAAAGUUGUAUUUAUCGCCAGUGGAUCGAAUGGUGUAUCCGAUAUGAACUCUCUAACACAACAACCGACAGUACCUAUUUAUCGAGCAGAGAUGAUUAUCACAGGUAUGUAUUGCCCCAAUUGUAUCGAAAAAGUCCAUGCAGCACUUGUCAAAUUACAUGGCAUCCGUUCUCCUUCUAUUCAAGUGGAUUUGGAUAGUGGUCGAUCAAGCUUUGAAUUUACGGGAGAGUUUAUCACUCGUCAACGUAUCCAUCAGUCCAUACUUCAGCUGGGUUUCUCCGCAGAGAGUAUCAAGAUUACCAAGUCGAUGCGUAAAGUGAUGGAUUCAGAUGCUGCAAGCAUUACUAGUCAAAAGAGUAGCAAGUAUGUAUCUACGCAUUUGGUUGUAACUGGUAUGACCUGUUCUUCUUGUGUUGCAAAUAUCGAACGUACCGUGAUGAAACAAGCUGGUGUGAUCAGCUGUCAAGUGAACCUGUUGGCUAAAUCCGCUGUGAUUGAACAUGAUCCUACCAUAAUUGGAGCUCGCUCGCUCGCACAAAUGAUUGAACAGAUUGGAUACAAGGCCGAGCUUUCCCAAGACACACAAGGCAACACGAUUGCAGAACAACGUGCGUCUAUGCGGGAAACCAUGGAUGCAGAAUUAAGCAUGUUAAAAUCGCGCUUCUUAUGGUCUCUUUUAUUUGCGGUGCCUGUGGUCUUGAUUGCCAUGAUCUUUAUGAUGGCUUUACCUUCUUCUAACCCGAUCCACAAGUUCUUUAUGCGACCGGUAACACAAGGAUUGUCGAUUGGCGACUUGAUCUUGUUUUUAUUGGCUACACCUGUUCAAUUCUGGCUCGGUUUACCGUUUUAUGUGAAGGCGUACAAAUCAUUGGUCUAUUCAAGAACGGCGAAUAUGGAGACGCUUGUGGCGAUGGGUACGACAGUGGCGUAUGUUGCAUCGGUAGCGUCUGUGAUUGCCGCCAUGGCACGUCCCAUGCCUGGUGCCAUGAGUAUGAAUUAUUUUGAGACCUCGGUCUUGUUGAUCACGUUUAUUCAUUUUGGUAAAUGGUUGGAGGCUUUGGCCAAGGGUAAGACGGCUGAAACCAUUACGAAAUUAAUGGAUCUGCAACCUGAAACCGCUACUUUGGUUGAAAUAUCGAAACCUUUAUCAAGUGUGGGUGAGAGUGGAUCUACAUUAGUUGGAGAGAAUGACGAUCGUAUUGAAGAUAUAUUGUCCGAAAGAGAAAUUGAAUCCAAAGACAUCCAAGUGGGUGAUAUCCUCAAGAUUAAUGCAGGAGGUCGUAUUCCUUGUGAUGGUAAAGUAUGGCGCGGUGAUUCUGCUGCUGAUGAAUCCAUGAUUACUGGAGAAUCUGUUCCUGUUACCAAGAAAGUAGGUGACAGUGUCAUUACUGCCACCAUCAAUCUCAGUGCCCCCAUCUAUAUCCGUGCUAUCCGCGUAGGCUCCGACACGACUCUUUCUCGUAUUAUUCAACUCGUGCAAGACGCCCAAGCUUCUCCCAAGGCACCUAUUGAACAAUUAGCAGAUAACAUUUCCGCUGUCUUUGUACCUGUUGUGAUCGGUUUGGCUCUCCUCACAUUUAUCAUUUGGGAAGUGCUUAGUCUCAAAGAUCUUUAUCCUGACGAUUGGGUCCCCAUGGGUGAAAACAAGACCAUUUUCUCAUUGAUGCUGGCCGUCACUGUACUUGUGAUUGCUUGUCCCUGUGGUUUAGGUUUAGCUAGUCCUACCGCUGUCAUGGUGGGAACGGGUGUGGCCGCUAAAUACGGUGUGCUCGUGAAAGGGGGUGGAUAUGCUCUUGAAAUGGCCAGUCGUAUUACCACCGUUGCAUUUGACAAGACGGGUACUUUAACCAUGGGUAAACCCAUUGUGACGCAUAGUUGGAUUGAACAAUCUUCUAAAUUUGGAGACCAAAGUGCAAGUCAACGUAUUGCCAUCUGGAAGAUUCUUGGUCGUGUUGGGUCUGCCAGUAACCAUCCUUUAUCCAAAUCGAUUGAAAAGAAGGCCCGAUAUAUCAUUCAUGCUCUGAUCGAAGAUCCCGCGCUUUCUGAUGCAGCCUUAAUUUCUAAUACAACUGAUAUUGCGGAUAUCGAGGAAACGAAUACGGGUGGUAGUGAUGCUUUUGAAGGUGUAACGAUCACAAAUGCCCAAGAGGUGCCCGGUCGUGGUUUACUUGCAACCAUUACGGUGACCAAAGAUAUUUCUGAACACUUGGCCGGUAAAUUAUGCAACGUUCGAGCUCUUAAUGUGUUCUUGGGAAAUCAAGAAUGGAUGGAUGAAAAUCACGCACGGUAUCAAAACUCACGUCAAGCGAAAGCGUGCCAUGAUCUUUUAACGGAUUGGCAAAACUUGGGACAAUCGAUUGUGUUGGUAGCUGCAUCGCCUGUUUCCGGUAACGAUGAAGAGGUCUCAUCCGAUAGUCUUCACAAGGAUGGAUGCAAGAAUGCGUGUGCUUGUGUGGUAUGUAAAUGUGCAACGAGUUCAAUUUGCUGUAGCGCGUCUCAAACGAUGAUGAUUUCACAAUUGGCGAUUGCGGAUAUUGCCCGACCUGAGGCUACACAAUUGAUAUCUGAAUUGAGAAAGCGACAUAUUGAGGUGUGGAUGAUUACAGGAGAUAAUGAACGUACGGGAAGAGUGAUUGGAAAGCAGUUGGGUAUUCCUGCGGAUUUCGUUUUGGCGGGUGUGAAACCAGAGCAAAAGGCAGACAAGAUCCGAAACCUUCAGAGACGAGGUAUUCGACCCGAUUCUUAUGAUGGUCACCGUAAGUUUUGGAAGAGAAACGGAAAGAAACAGCAAGAUGCGGUUGUAGCCAUGGUGGGUGAUGGUAUUAAUGAUUCUCCUGCGCUUGCACAAGCAGAUGUUGGUAUUUCGGUCGGCUCUGCUACAGAUAUUGCUAUUGAAGCAGCAAGUAUUGUAUUGAUCCGUAAUAACCUGAUGGAUUUGUUGACCAUGUAUGAUGUAUCCCGUACGGUUGUGCGUCGUAUACGAUUUAAUUUCUUGUGGGCAUUCUUGUAUAAUACCAUUGCGAUUCCGAUUGCAGCGGGUAUUUUAUAUCCUGCUACGGGAGACGGGCUUCCACCUUAUAUUGCUGGCAUAGCCAUGGUUUUAUCCAGCGUUAGUGUAGUCUGUUCCAGUUUACUUUUGCGACUCUACAAGGCACCCAAAGUAGUGGAAGAUUCACAUCAAAUCAGAUUGUAA